GAGUGGCGCGUGAAAGAGGAGGAGGAGGAGGAGGAGGAGGAGGAAUGGGAGUGGGAUGCCAGCGAAAGCUGGUGGUGGUGGUCAUACGAUGCUUGGCAUGAGCAAGCCAAGGCAGAGCCCGAGGAAGAAGAGGAGGUUGAGGAAGAAGUUGAGGAAGGGGUCAAGCCUUUGCCUCCACCGCCGGUGCCAUCACCGAGAUUGCCUCCACCACCCCCACCUCCAAUGGAGGUGGCUUCAUCGGCGUCAUCAUCGAGAGGGUCAUCCGGCUGGGAGAACCGUGGCACCAAGGGGAAAGGAAAAGGCUGGAAAGGCCGUGGGCAACGGAAGGGUCACGGCUAUUACAGCUACAACCACAGAGGAUACAGCCUGCACGAGAGCGUUCACGAAGGAGAGGGGGGGCAGCAAGUCCAGAGGGAGAAGGGCUACCUUGAGCUGGCGUCGCAGGCGAUCGAUGCCAACCUGCGCAUGGCCAAGGCCGUUGAGAAGAUGGCGGAGCGCCGGUAG